GCUUUCACGUCUUUGAUCAAUCUCUCAACAUAGGGCCAAUGACUAAAGCAGCAUCGGAAGCAAAACCACCUGUCAAUGCCUAUGGAUGGGCUGCAAGAGAUUCCUCGGGAGUUCUCUCCCCCUUUCACUUCACUAGGAGAGCUAACAGCGAUGAUGAUAUCACCGUAAAGAUACUCUACUGUGGAAUUUGCCAUGGAGACAUUCAUCUGGUCAAGAACAAAAUAUGGCCGACCCUCUAUCCAACUGUCCCCGGGCAUGAGAUUGUGGGGCAAGUGACAAGAAUUGGGAAAAAUGUCACAAAAUUUAGAGUUGGGGAUAUAGCCGGAGUGGGGUGCAUAGUUGGUUCAUGUGGCUCAUGCGAUAACUGCAAACAAGACUUAGAAAAUUAUUGUCCCAAAAUGUUAUGGACCUUCCAAGGACAGCAUGAAGAUGGGACAAGAGCUUUUGGCGGGUAUUCUGAUAACAUGGUUGUGGAGGAGCGCUAUGCAGUCCUAAUCCCAAAUGGUUUUGCAUUAGCUGGUACUGCCCCAUUGUUGUGUGCCGGGAUUACCGUGUACAGCCCCCUGAAACAUUUUGGCCUCUCGAAGCCCGCCAUGCACUUGGGUGUGGUCGGGCUUGGUGGCCUAGGUCACAUGGCCGUGAAGUUUGCCAAAGCGUUUGGUGUGAAGGUCACGGUGGUAAGUUCUUCUCCAAGCAAGCAGAAGGAAGCAGUGGAAAGGCUUGGUGCUGAUUCUUUUUUGGUCAGUCAUGAUCAGGAGCAACUAGAGGCUGCCAUGGGAACUAUGGAUGGUAUCAUUGACACCGUUUCAGCCCCUCACCCUCUCUUGCCUUUGAUUGGCUUGCUCAAGACUAGUGGAAAACUAAUUUUGGUGGGUGCUCCAAUUGAGCCUCCUGAGCUACCAGUCUUCCCUAUAAUUAUGGGGAGGAAACUUAUUGCGGGUAGUGCAAUGGGGGGACUAAAAGAGACACAAGAGAUGAUAGAUUUUGCAGCAAAACACAAUAUCACAGCAGAUGUGGAAGUUGUUCCAAUAGAUUAUGUGAACACUGCCCUUGACCGACUUGACAAGGGUGACGUUAAGUAUCGUUUUGUCAUUGAUGUGGCAAACACCAUAAAUAAUCAUGAUGAAGCAUCUCCUUAA